GUGAGCAUUACUAGGCAUUUCAUCCUGCGGGUCUUCAGACUGUUGCUCGGUCGAAAUGCUUCUGCGGGACUAAUUCUGAGGUUGUGUAGGUAUUUCUCAAGGGCCUAUUCAUUUGAAGAUAUCAGUGGAAUUUUGCAAGAUCAUCUGAGGAACAGGAAAGCAUCUGAAAUCAACUGAAAAGGAUAACUGUAGCGGUUUUCACCAGGGGAGGAAACUGUAUUGGCACAGAGGCAGAUGACUGAAUAAAGUAGUUGGCUCAGAGAAGAUGUACAGUCUGCUGUUUUCCCUCUGAAUGGGGACUGUUUAAUGGAAGCUGAAUUCAUGCAGAGAUGAAGGAAGUACUAGAGCGAUAAACUACUCAAAACGAAAACUCCGAAGCAGUAAUUGGAGCUCAAAGGUCUUCUGAUUCUUUUGCUGUCUGCUUGUUAGAAUUCUCCACUGACACCAUUUCUGCCUGGUGCCUGUGUCUUUUUGCUGGGCAGCCAGGAACAACUGCUUGAUGGAGAAAGAAUGAAAGCUUUGCCUUGCUUCUGUUACUGAUGGGAUAAAUCUGUUUCGACUACUGUGUGUGAAGUCUGGAUUAAUCAACUUGUAUUCUCUCGUACCAGAGGUCCUGCUGUCUCCUGUGAUCACGUGUAAAUGUGCUGCAGCUUUGCCGUUAAUGCGGAGUGGUGGCUUUUUUUUCUUUCGCCGUUAAUGCGGAGUGGUGGCUUUUUUUUUCUUUCCUAAACACAGAAAGAAUUGUCAACCCCUGAACUUCAUUUUCAGGAUUUAUGCUAACUUCUAUAUUUUUUGUUUAUUUGUUUCCUGGAUAAUAUCUGUAUUAAGUCGUUGAAGCUGAAAAAAUGAAGACAAAUUAGAAGUGGAAACAGAAUAGUGAGAUUCUGUUGUUUUUAUUUUCAGCUACAAGCCGCCCAGCCUACUGGUAACUGUAUGACCUUGUAGACAAGAGUGGGGCUAUCUGGCCACCUCUAUCUCAGCAGUUAUUUCUGAUUUCAUUUUUUUAUGGUGUGGUGUCAUGUCACCCCAAACAAGGAUUGUUUUGUACAAGUAAAUUUCGGAGCUUAAUGUAACUAUUUUGGCAGAAGAAAAAUAUUUUUAAAAGAAUUAACCCUAGACUUGCGCUUUAAUUAUUGACACAUUGAUGUGAAACUUUUUAUAGAUUGCAAUAACCUGGCAGAAAGAAAUAGGUUUUUAUUUUUAGGAAGUUAUGUGUCAUAAUUUUAAACUUCAGUUACUCUAAUAUUACUAACUAUGAAACCAGCUGCACUGUUCAGAGAAUGUUCAUGAGUGAUAUACAGAAGAGGAGGAAGAACUGUGCUCUUCCCACUGUGACUUCUAUCAUAUAGCGUGGAGUUUAAUGUUCUAAAAGAGCGAAUGAGUCGAGUGUGUAUUGUUGUCUUGGAGGAGGUAGAAGAUGAUUCUCCUGUAUUCAUUUCUAAGUUGCCCCAAGAAAGUAAAUCUCUACAUUCUCCAUUCUCUGGAAAUGUAUUGCCGUCACUGGUGCAAGCUAUAUUUAAUGGUGAUCCAGAUGAAGUUCGAGCACUAAUAUUUAAGAAAGAAGAUGUUAACUUUCAGGACAAUGAGAAGAGAACUCCUUUACAUGCUGCUGCCUAUCUUGGAGAUGCAGAAAUCAUUGAACUGCUAAUUUUAUCUGGAGCUAGAGUUAAUGCCAAAGACAGCAAAUGGUUGACACCUUUACACAGAGCAGUUGCAUCUUGUAGUGAGGAAGCAGUACAGAUACUUUUGAAGCAUUCUGCUGAUGUUAAUGCUCGAGAUAAGAAUUGGCAGACCCCGUUACAUAUAGCUGCUGCUAAUAAAGCUGUAAAGUGUGCUGAGUCUUUGGUACCGCUUCUGAGCAAUGUCAAUGUAUCAGAUCGAGCAGGGAGGACUGCAUUACAUCAUGCAGCCUUCAGUGGGCAUGGUGAGAUGGUCAAACUACUUCUGUCCAGAGGUGCCAAUAUUAAUGCUUUUGAUAAGAAAGAUAGACGUGCCAUCCACUGGGCGGCAUAUAUGGGUCACAUCGAAGUAGUGAAAUUACUUGUAUCUCAUGGAGCUGAAGUGACAUGCAAGGAUAAGAAGUCUUACACACCUCUUCAUGCAGCAGCCUCUAGUGGAAUGAUCAGUGUAGUCAAGUACCUUCUAGAUCUUGGAGUUGAUAUGAACGAACCAAAUGCCUAUGGAAACACACCUCUUCAUGUAGCUUGUUAUAAUGGACAAGAUGUUGUUGUGAAUGAGCUCAUAGACUGUGGUGCUAAUGUAAAUCAGAAGAAUGAAAAAGGUUUCACACCUUUGCACUUUGCUGCUGCAUCAACACAUGGAGCACUGUGUUUAGAACUCCUGGUUAGCAAUGGGGCCGAUGUCAAUAUGAAGAGUAAAGAUGGGAAAACCCCACUACACAUGACUGCUCUCCACGGUAGAUUCUCCAGAUCACAAACCAUUAUCCAGAGUGGAGCUGUAAUUGACUGUGAAGAUAAGAAUGGAAACACCCCUUUGCAUAUAGCAGCUCGGUACGGCCAUGAGCUGCUAAUCAACACUCUUAUUACAAGUGGUGCUGACACUGCAAAGCGUGGUAUACAUGGAAUGUUCCCACUCCAUUUGGCAGCCUUAAGUGGUUUUUCAGACUGCUGCAGAAAACUUCUUUCUUCAGGAUUUGACAUAGAUACCCCAGAUGAUUUUGGCAGGACCUGUCUGCAUGCAGCUGCAGCUGGAGGAAAUUUGGAGUGCCUAAACCUUCUGUUGAAUACUGGUGCAGACUUCAACAAAAAGGAUAAAUUUGGGAGAUCUCCACUGCACUACGCUGCUGCCAACUGCAAUUACCAGUGCCUGUUUGCUCUUGUGGGAUCAGGAGCAAGUGUGAAUGACCUUGAUGAAAGAGGCUGCACACCCCUGCACUAUGCAGCUACAUCAGACACAGAUGGCAAGUGCCUGGAAUACUUACUAAGAAAUGAUGCAAAUCCUGGGAUCCGGGAUAAGCAAGGAUACAAUGCAGUUCAUUAUUCAGCUGCAUAUGGUCACCGUCUGUGUCUUCAACUGAUUGCAAGUGAAACUCCUUUAGAUGUUUUAAUGGAAACCUCGGGAACAGAUAUGUUGAGUGAUUCAGAUAAUAGAGCAACAAUAAGUCCUUUACAUUUGGCUGCCUAUCAUGGUCAUCACCAAGCCCUGGAAGUGUUGGUACAAUCUUUGUUAGAUCUUGAUGUAAGAAAUAGUAGUGGUAGAACACCCUUAGAUCUUGCAGCAUUUAAGGGUCAUGUUGAAUGUGUGGAUGUACUCAUUAAUCAGGGAGCUUCAAUCCUCGUAAAAGAUUAUGCUUUGAAGAGAACACCUAUCCAUGCAGCAGCAACAAAUGGCCAUUCAGAAUGCUUACGGUUAUUAAUAGGAAAUGCAGAACCACAGAAUGCAGUAGAUAUUCAAGAUGGAAAUGGGCAGACACCUCUUAUGCUGUCUGUUCUCAAUGGACACACAGACUGUGUAUAUUCACUACUGAACAAAGGAGCAAACGUAGAUGCCAAAGAUAAGUGGGGAAGGACAGCAUUGCAUAGAGGGGCAGUUACAGGCCAUGAAGAAUGUGUAGAUGCAUUACUUCAACAUGGUGCUAAGUGCUUACUACGGGACAGCAGGGGUCGGACACCUAUACACUUGUCAGCUGCCUGUGGACACAUUGGAGUUCUUGGAGCCCUUUUGCAAUCAGCAGCAUCCGUAGAUGCAAAUCUAGCCGUAGUAGACAAUCAUGGGUAUACAGCACUUCACUGGGCUUGCUACAAUGGUCAUGAGACAUGUGUGGAACUACUUUUAGAACAGGAUGUUUUCCAGAAAAUAGAUGGGAAUGCUUUUAGUCCAUUGCAUUGUGCUGUGAUCAAUGACAAUGAAGGUGCUGCUGAGAUGCUUAUUGAUACCUUAGGAGCCAACAUUGUGAAUGCCACAGAUUCAAAGGGAAGAACUCCUCUCCAUGCCGCUGCCUUCACAGACCAUGUAGAGUGUUUACAGCUGCUGCUCAGCCAUAAUGCUCAAGUCAAUUCCGUGGACUCCACUGGGAAAACACCCCUCAUGAUGGCUGCAGAAAAUGGACAAACCAAUACAGUUGAGAUGCUGGUGAGCAGUGCUAGUGCAGACCUGACUUUACAAGAUAAAAGUAAAAACACCGCCCUUCACUUGGCUUGCAGCAAGGGUCAUGAAACUAGUGCCUUGUUAAUACUGGAAAAGAUAACAGAUAGAAACCUCAUCAAUGCAACCAAUGCAGCCUUGCAAACGCCUUUGCAUGUUGCUGCCCGAAACGGGCUAACAAUGGUUGUUCAAGAACUUCUGGGGAAAGGAGCAAGUGUACUUGCCGUCGAUGAAAAUGGCUAUACCCCAGCUUUGGCCUGUGCUCCCAAUAAGGAUGUGGCUGACUGCCUGGCUCUCAUUUUGGCCACCAUGAUGCCUGUCUCGUCAAGUAGCCCAUUGUCAUCCCUGACAUUCAAUGCCAUUAACCGUUAUACCAACACCUCAAAAACAGUUAGCUUUGAAGCCUUGCCCAUCAUGAGGAAUGAACCUAGCUCCUAUUGCAGUUUCAACAACAUUGGUGGGGAACAAGAGUACUUGUACACUGACGUGGAUGAGCUCAACGAUUCUGAUUCUGAGACCUACUGAAAGGCUGAGCUAAAGGUUGAAGGAAGUUUUAACACUGAAACUUCAAACUGGGCUUUUUCAGGAAAAAAGCACUUUUCUUACUCAUACACAAAUUCAUCCUGAAGAAAGAUCACGCAGUGAAUGGAUAGAAGAAAUGUGAUGACAUUAGGAAGAAGAAUCUGAAAGGCAAGUUUUGCAAAAGGAACUUCUAGAAUCUUAAUAAUGACUUGAAAAGUGGAAAACACAUUGAUGUCGAUUACUUUGUGGGAUUGUUUAAUUGGCUUUUCAGUGCCAGAAAUUGCGACACUGCUCCCUGUUUUGCAUAUACAGGCAACACUGCUGUAAAGGAAGAGAUAAAGACACUAGGUUAAAUUUACCCAUAAAUUUACAGCUAAAUUUAAAUGCAAUAAAAGUUUGGUAUAGUAGGCAUUAUGUACACACCAAAUUGCCAAAGGACCAAAUAACGUACAGAUUUUUCUUAGAACGCCGUUCUGUGGAAAUAGAAGUAGGUGAAAUGAGACAUCAUCUAAAAGCAAACCAAUACUUCUGAAAAUGGAGCUAAGAUUUGGUUUGGUGUUGAUUUCUGUAAAGAAAACAUCUAAAAAGCCUCCCAGUGCUGCAUUAAUCCAUGAGAGAAAGCAGAUGUCUUUUUAUGUUUUUUUAACAUAAAAAUUUUAAGAUUCUAGUUUUUAUAGAAUUCAAAAGCAGCUGACUAGGUACAGUGUAAGUGGAUAUAGACUAGGUCAAGGCUACUACUGCCCACUUUUGAGUGUUUGGUUUUAAAUUGAAUUACUUUUAUUUAAGGAAUUCCAUAGGGGAAAUUUUUUUGAUGAAAUUAAAAAUCAGAUUAUUUCACCUGUUGUAGCCCAGUGGUCCUGGGGAGUAGAGCUGGUUAAGCCUCUGCGGGGUGGCACACCUCCACCUUGGGUUGGAGGACUUUCAUUGUCACUUACUAAUCUUUGAACUUUGCAAAGCAAGAAUCAAAAUAAUAAAUUUUAAAUUCUUGUUAUGAGAGAUCAUCUAAAGCUGGUUUUAAAUUGUAUAAAAACUGGAAUUUUAAAGUUUUUAUGUGACAGAAGACAUCUGCUUUUCUCAUGGUUUAAUAUAGCAGGAAGGCUUUCAGAUAUUUUCUUUCUUUUCUUUUUUUUUUAAAGAUAGGAUUUCUCUGUGUUGCUCUGGCUGUCCUGAAAUUCACUGUGUAGAUCAGGUUGGCAUUGAAUUUAAGAGAUCCACCUGCUUCUGUCUCCUGAGUGCUGGGAAUAAAGGUGUGCCACCAUGCUUAGCUUCAGGUGUUUAUUUUCUUUAUAAAUUUCAACAAACCAUUUGGCUUCAUUUUCAGAAGUACUGAAGUUUGCUGUAGAUGAUGAUUUCUAACAUAAACAGAAUCAAGUCACCUGGAAGGCAUUUCUAUAUUAGGUAGAAUUUAAAAUACUUGAGGCUUUGGGUUCGACUCAGAUCUAGUAGAGUAGCAUGUUUGCAGCUUGUUGCUGUCGGAGAAAGAUUGCCUGCCAAAUUGAAGACUGCCUUUCAGGUAAUAGAGAAGGGGCUGAGCUGACAUUAGGCUUUUAAGUAACACUUCUCUGUGAUUCUGUUUUACUAUAGCUGUCACUUUCCCAGUAAAAAUAAUUUCACAUGGGAGGGGGGUUCUUAAUAGAGCCGGAUAAAGUUCCAUACAUUGCAACAAACUGAUACCCAAUUCAUCUUAUCCUUUUUGUAUUGUGAAACUGGAACUUUAUGACAUUGUAAAUUAUCAGCUGGUUUUUCUGAAUAUAAAGUGUGAAAACACAGAACAGUAUUUUGAUCUUUGAUAAUUUUGUGGGUUUUUUGAAAAAUUAAUGAGCAUGUACAUAGAGAUAGUGACUGCUUGAAUACUGUAUUUACUGCACUCUUUCAGUACAUCAAGAUUCCUGUAUAUUUUAGAGUAUAAUAAAACACAGAUGUGAGUUGUAUUUAAUGAAUAAUGUAUUUGUAUCUGUGCAUAUUACUUAAAAAUCUAUAAAGUUUCUAGGGCAUUGACUACUAGAUUUUAAACAUUUUUUUUCUAAAAUAUUUACAAAAUUAUAAUCUCCAUCUUUUCUUUAUAUAUAAAGAAGUUGUAAUGAACCCUUCCUAACUAAUAGUGGUAGGAGGGUAAAUACACAUUUUAAAGACUCUAGACUACAUUUUCUAUUGUACCUUUAAAGAAAAAACUCAAAAGGAUUUUAAAAGUAUACCAUAUGUGUGCUUUCUCUUUCCUUUUAGGAAUUCUCUUCUGAAUUCCCUGAGGGAAUUUUCUAGAAUCUCAGAAUUGAAAGAGACCUGAGGUUCAUCCAGUCUAACCUCUUAACAAAUGCAGGCGUCCCUUCUCCAAGGUUGUCUUUCCACCUUGAACACUUGCAGUGACUCUACCUCACAAGCAGUGCGUUCAUUGUUGAGCAGCUCUGUUAGGAGGGCUCCUUAACGGAGUUGAAGCCUCCCUCCCGGUAACUCCUGUCCUGGGCCCAGCUCUGUCCUCAAGAGAGUGUGGAAGACUGAAUCUUCCACCCUCUGCCACGUCUUCUCUUUCACAGGCUGUUGACUCCUUUGCUGAUGUGAUUUCCAGAAGGACUUGUUAGACACACUGUCUCCACAUCUAAUGACAUCCAAGAUGUAGCUAUAAAGUAACAAAUUCAUCUUUUAAUUUAUCAUCAUAUGUAUGUAGAGACCAUAGAUUCUGCCUCACUUUAUAUAAAUGAUGCCAUAACUGGAAACAUUCUGGAGGUGGCUUGUGCUGUUGCUGGCCAACUAGAAAAGCUGUUCCUUUGCUUUGUGGUAUUUUGUCUCUGGCUUGAGCAACUCACUUCCUUUGGUAUGCACCAGAAGAGGGAAAUUCUGAAGUACUGUCCCAGAAAGUGUUGACCAACCCCAGUAUUUGGAAUAAAUACACGAGCAAAGCACAGCACCCUAAGUUAUUUUAUAGUUGACAUACAUCUAGUGUGCAAAACCCCUGGACCUGGUUCUGUUGUGUUUUUAUCCUUGCCCAGAAGGGAAAAGCCUGUCAGCCUUUAACUUCUGUGUGAAAGGUGAUAUCUGAAAUACAUGUAUUACAGUACUACCAGC